GCUAGCAUUCGCCUCUGUCAUCUCAUCAAGUAUACGCGUAUCAAAAUAUUUUAAAAAUUCGAAAAUCAAAUCACGCGUACGAUUUUUUGUCGAGUAAAAGUCGUCUGGGGGGAGUAACACAUGUCCGCUCACCGUGGCAGUGGCUUCGCAACCCGUGAACGAAUUACGCGAAUGUGUCACGCAUUAUAAAAAAUAAUACACAAAUUGAAUAAUACACAGUGUUUUGUGUACUUUUAUCAUUGUGUUUGUGUUCGAGUGAAUUGACAAAGAGUAAAAACUGGGUGCGCAAAUUUCUCUUUCUAUUGUGACAUUCGGAUUUCUCGCCUAACAAUAUGGAUUUCAAAUUAAUAUUUGGAAAGUUUCACCAUCAAUGAGGCAAGAAGAAUCCACCAAACGAAAUAAAUAACAAACGGUGAUGAGUUUUGAAAAGACUGAAAAUGGACAUAAUAAAAAUACAAACAAAUUUUAGCAGGAGAUCGGAGUGGAGGUUCCAAAAAUGUAUUUUAGUCAUGUACAUAUCUCUGCUUGUUUUACAAGUGAAUUGUCAAAACACAAAUGACAAAACGAGUCAAACAAACUCGACCAAAAACGAUGUAGAUUUUAGAAAAAGCGAUUGCCAUAGUUGUGAAUCUAGUAGUAAAAUUGAUAAUAAAACGGAUGUAGUCAAUGAUAAUAUAAAUGGAGAUAUUGUUAGUAACUUCCUCACAACAUUAAAUAAACUUGUAGAAAUUUAUGAAAUGGAAAAUAAAACAGAUCUCUAUGUAGAGAAUAAUUUAGAAGUAUUAGUUGGUGAAGAACUAAGAAAAGAUUUUAUGAAAGCAUUAGAAGGAACAGAUUCAAAAUCUACAGACAGAUCUGAUAGUGAAAAAGAUGACAAUCACACAGAUUCAGAAGGAAGAGCUUUAUUUAGCAAAUACACGUAUGAGUACAGAUUGUUUCAAAAAAUUAAGAACUUUAUUGACACGCAUAUUAUGUCCAUUAAUAUCCCAAAAGCAGCAAGAAUAAUUGGUUUAAGAUCAUUUGGCAUCAAUAAAUUCUUCUUGCCGAUACUCAUCGCUGGGCAAGUGCUUAUAAAGUCGGUUCUCUUCGCAAUGUUCCUGCCAAGCAUCCUCGGAAGUUUCGGCAAGAUCCUCGGGAAAGGAAUAUCCCAGCUCUCAGCUACGUCUAGCCAAGCCAGCUAUCCGCCAGCUAAUGGCGAUGACCAGGUUGGCUACAAUACCGAUAACAAGGACUUUAUGGGUUACGAGACGAACGCAGCUGGGACUUACGCGUAUCCUCAAGAAGGCAUGUACGGAAUGGACGCUAAUGACGUCAACGAAUUAGGCAAUGUUGAUAUGUCCCGAUUUGGCAUGGGAGGUCAGAAGGUUGCUUAUCUUCCGAGUAAGAACAGUUACUACAAGAACCAGAUGGUCACGGCUGCCAAUAAUUAUAAGGUGUUCCAGAAGAUUCCGGCUUCCUCAAUGAUCCUGAGCAACUACGAUCCUUUCUACUCACCUUUACUAUCACGACUGGAUGGAAUAUUUGCGAGACUAGGAUUAGCCCCAGCAGAAAACACAGUCAACGAAGAGGCCCAAAUAGGUGGCCAAAGCCUGAGUGACGUCAAAUUAGAAUCUUGCAGAGAACAACUGAUAUGCCUGAUGUAUUCAAGUCCAGCAAAAUACGCGCCCUACAGUAACCUGGUUUCAGCACAAUUGAGCAGAGAACUGAACGAACUCCGUCGUCCAGUGUCAGACAACCCUGAGAUCCUGCGGUUCUUCCGCUACAUGAGGGCAGCUCGUCGCGGACAGGAAGGCGCGGACUGCAUGCGGUCCCAUCCAGGAUGCUCGUCCAACGCAGCACCAGCGCACACCAUGAUUGCCGCCUAUCAUGACAUCAACAAACUCGUUACUGCUAGAAAAUUUAGACAUUGAUUUUAUUAAAGAUUUAUGGAGAUACAAUUUCAGAUUGUCUUUUUCACCAAAACGAGAUUCAAAGUUAAAACCUAUCGUAUAUUUCUAUUAUGCAGAGCAGAAUCAUAUAUCGCAUUACGUACUGUAUUGAAGUGAUUUUAAUAAUAUCUUCUAACUACGAUUGUGAUUGUCUGAGUAUCGUAGUUCACACAAUAUCCCUUUGUUCCAUCAUAUUUACAUGAUAACUUAAAAGUAAUAAAUAAAUUAAAUACAAAUUAUUAUUAGAAAAUAUUUCGGUUGAUGGAACUUCUAAGAAAGCGUCUCAAAAUAGACUAGUCUGCAAUCUUAUGUUUUAUCAGAAUUUGUUAAAAAUCAGUGUUACGUUGUUAUGAAUGGUUAUAUUGUUAAAAGAUUUUUUUCGUUAUAGAAUCAAUAAUGGUGUGACAAAAAUCCUUCAAAUCAAAUCAGAAAACACAAUUGAAACGGUAAAAAUCUUUUAUAUUAUGGUAAUAAAUGUUAAUUUAUUUUUAUAUGAUAGAAAAAAAAACUUAUUUAUUGUGUGUUUGUAAUUUAUCGUGUGUAUGUCGUGUGAUUGAAGUUUAAUUUAUUUUUACUCAUCUGUCACAACUUAACUUAUAACUUAUUUAUUGGUAGCCUCGUAAUUUUACUAUUUUUAAGUUUGGUUAACGUUUCAAAUAUUUUUUUAUGUCUUUUAUUUAUUAAGUGUAUUGUUUUAUUAUAAAACCACCCAAAGCUAUAUAUUAUAAUUUAAUUUCAGUUGUCAUGAGCCAAACUUUGUAUAUUUGUCGUCACACAUUUGAUGAGGUUGGAAAGUAUUUUUGGUCCCAGUAGAAAAUUGGACUAGAAAUAAACUUAAUACAACAUU